AUGAAAAAAAAAGUAUUCUUAAAUAAACAUCACAUUAAAAAUAAAAACUUCCAAAGAAAGAAACAAAAGUAUUUUACUGAUAAAAAAUUUUUGAGAAAAUUUAAAAAAAUUAAAGAAUUAAAUGAAACCAAAACUGAAAUCGUUAAAACCGAUCCAAUAAAAAACUUCUUUUUCACCCCAAUCACUGAAGGGGAUAUCAAAGAACAGGAACAAAAUGAAAAUAGUGAAAGGAAUGCAUAUAGAAGAGUAAAAACAUCUAAUAAAUUAGAAAGUUGUGAUAAUAAAUCUGAUGAAGAGGAUGAAAAUGAUGAACGGAAUAUAAAUUCCAAAUAUAAUAACAUAAAAAAAAAAGGAGGUAAAACAGAUAUUUAUAGGAAAGAAUUAAGUUUGAUAGAACAAAAUAAACAAGGGCAAUUAUCUAAAGAAGAAAAAGAAGCAUUAUUUUUAAAAAAAAAACAAGAAAAAGAUGAAAAAAAAAAAAUACGAUUUCAAAAAUUUAAAAGAUUAAAUCAAAAAACAAAAAAAGGUCAACCUGUUAUGAAAAAUUUAAUUAAGCAUUUAAUAAAAAAAAUUUAA